AUGGAAGACCUGGAUAAAAACACCACCCCCGCAUCGGGGCUACCUCUCGCGUUCCACGGCACGGUGAUCCACUCCCCCAGCCUGGGCGGCCUGGAGAUUCUGGAGAACUGCUUCAUUCUCGUGGAUAAGACAGGGACGAUCCAAAGCUUGCAACCAGACGUUGAAUCCAGUCGGAUCAACUCCAUUGUCUCUGAUCACGGAUAUGCCCCGGACGUGUUCCCAGUCAAGUACCUACAACGAGGCGAGUUCCUGUGUCCGGGCUUUGUUGACACCCACAACCAUGCACCUCAGUGGACACAGCGUGGGGUGGGCCGUGGCCAAGCGCUCAUCGACUGGUUGAAUCAAGUAACCUUUGCUCACGAAGCGAAGUUUGCUGACCCCGAAUACGCUCGCCGCACGUAUGCUUCGUGUGUGACUGGCUUCCUCCAGCAAGGGAUUACGACCGCAUCCUACUACGGGUCCUACCAUGGCGAGGCGACCCGUAUUUUGGCCGACGUCUGCUACGAGAAGGGUCAACGGGCCCUGGUCGGCAAGUGUAAUAUGAACCGAAACGCCCCGGAAUGGUAUCGGGAUCCCUCCAUCGCCGACUCCCUGCACGAAACGCGAGCACUAAUCCAGCAUAUCCAAGGCCUGGAUCCCGAGGGUCAGCUUGUGAGACCGGUCAUCACCCCCCGGUUUGCGAUAUCUUGUGAUUCCGAGUUGCUCUCCGGCCUGGGCACGAUCGCCCGGGACCACCCCGAUCUGCCGAUUCAGACUCAUUUCAAUGAGGAAGAUCAGGAAAUGCAGUUCACACGGGAGCUGUUUCCGGAGUUUCGCCUGGAAGCCGAUCUGUACCGGCAUUUUGGAUUGUUGAACAACCGAUCAAUCCUGGCUCACUGUAUUUUCCUGGAGGAGAAAGAGAUGGAUGUAUUGCAGGAGCUUCGCUGUGGGGUCGCACACUGCCCCAUCGCCAAUACCACAAUGCAGGACUUCAUGGUGGCACCAAUCCGAGAGUACCUGCGCCGUGGCAUCAAGGUCGGUCUGGGGACGGAUAGCGGCGGUGGAUAUUCCUCGUCGAUGUUGGAAACCAUGAAGCAAGCGUUCAUGGUGUCGAAUGCCCGUAAGAUGCUCACUCAGGGGCGAGAUGCGCCCUUGUCACUGGCCGAGGGUUUUUAUCUUGCCACCAUGGGCGGAGCUCAGGUUUGCGGGCUGGAAGAUAGGAUCGGCAGUUUUGCUGUCGGGAUGGAAUUUGACGCCUUGGAGGUGCAUACCAUCGGGCUGGAUCCUCCAGGGGUGAUGUCACUCGUGGAAGAGGAUGACUCCAUCUUCGUCAUCUUCGAGAAAUUCCUCAUGACAGGUGAUGAUCGAAACAUCGCUAAAGUAUAUGUACAAGGGCGGUCGGUAAAGGUGUAG